AUGUCGGACGACGACCAGGAUAUUCUCGACUCUCUGGAGCGCGAAGCUUCUGAAUAUGUUAAGGAUGCCGAGAUUGAUCGCAUCCGCAAGGCAUUCAGCCUCGACUCCUACGCCGUCCUGGACCUCCAACCCGGUGUCACAGAGAAGGACAUCAAGGUCCAGUACCGCAAGAAGUCCCUUCUGAUUCACCCCGAUAAGACCAAGAACCCCGCUGCACCAGACGCGUUCGAUCGACUGAAGAAAGCCCAGACAGCUCUUCUGGACGAGAAGCAGCGCACCUACCUGGACGAAUGUAUCUCCGACGCGCGCCGGUUGUUGAUUCGCGAGCACAAGUACACGCUGGACUCCCCCGAGCUGAAGACCGAUGAGUUCAAGGUCGAGUGGCGCAAGAAGACGGUGAACGUGUUACUGGAAGAAGAAGCGCGACGCCGGCGACAGCUUAAGGCGCGCUUGCAGGAGGAAGGCCGUGAGCAGCGCAAGGAAGAGGAAGAGAUUGAGGCGCGCAAGCGGAAGCGCGAAAACGAUAAGAAGUGGGAGGAUACCCGGGAAGAGCGGAUUGGCAGCUGGCGCGACUUCCAGAAGGGACGCAAGCCUGGUGGUGAUGAGAAGAAGAAGAAGAAAAAGAUGAAGGUAUUGGGUUAA